GCUGAAUUGAAACAUGGACGAAUAUGUUGGAUUUGUGUUUAUAAGUAUUUUACACUUUGCUCUUCUUUGCGGAUGUGCAGAUGUGUUCUUGUCAGCUGACCGUCAAUUUGUCACGGAAAAUUCGACGCUGACUUUCACGUGUUCAACAUUGAAUGAUGUACAUUUUGCUGAAUUCUACGAAAAUCAGAAACGCGUAGUUAGAAUUGGAAAUUUAGAUAAAUGUUCUUCAACCAUAUACGAUCCCGUUUCCAACUGUUCCUGUUUGAACCUCACAACCUAUACAUGCACCACUAACCCUCUUAACAGAAAUAACUAUAAUGAAAUUUGGAGUUGCGUAUCUUAUUCACAUCAGAAUACAGGAACGAAAAGCAAAAAUAAUAUUACCAUUGAUGUCAGAGUACCAAUCGCAAGUGUUUCCAUAAGUCCACAACAGAAUAACUCGAUGACAAUAAACGAAGGUGAAGAACUUCAGUUAACAUGCGAGACAUCAUAUGGUUUACCAGCUGCAAAUAUCAGUUGGUACCUGGAAAAUAACACAGAUAGUGUCUAUGUCGAUUAUCGUAUUUUAAAUUCUUCAAAACGAGAAGUUGAUGAAAAUGUUGAUCGAACUAAAUCCGUAAAGAGCAUUCUGACGCAUACUGUCAGUAGGGGAGAAGACGGCAUGGAUGUGUAUUGUAAUGCAAGUAAUGAAGAAUUUAUCCGAGUAUCAAGCAAGGCCAUUCGUCUAAAUAUUCAAUACCUUCCACAGGAACUGGUGUACAUAAAUGGUAACCUAAGUUAUGACACUUUCUACAUGAUGAAAAAUUCUGCCAUAAAACAGUCUUUGCAGUGUUCUGUUCAGGGUGGAAAUCCCCUCGCCAAAAUAUCGUGGUCAUGUUACAAUGGCAUCCAGACUGACAUGAAUACGCCAUCCAGUGCAGUCAGCGAUGUUUCCUGGUUUGCUAGAGACUUUAACGAUUCGACAUGUACUUGCAAUGCCUCUCACGCUCUUUCAUGGUCUGGGUCGCAAGAAGUGUCCGUUCAAGUCAUAUUUGAACCGAGUCUUAUAAUUUGCAAGGUCGGCAAUUCCGAGCUAUACCGGGGUAUCUUAAACGUGACAUUAGCUUCAAAUGUUGAACUUAACUGCUCAAGCAAUGGAAAUCCUAAACCUUACAAUUUCACCUGGGUAUGGCCAACACGUAAUACAUCUUCGGGACAAUUUCUUUCCGUGAAACAUGUUCAGCGCUCGAUGCAAGGAAAAUAUACAUUGAUGGUUGAAAACAUUAUGAAGCCGAGCAUAGGGCCGACAGUCAAGGGACAGGCUAAUACAACGUUUGAUAUGCAUGUUCAAUAUGGUCCAAGCACACCAACCUUAAAACUUGUAACAAACAAUACAAACAUAACAACAAGCACCAUUUCCGUAAAACGGAAUGAAACUGUAAGAAUUGCCUGUAUUGCCGUCGGAAACCCAACACCUUCUUACAACUGGUCAACAGGCCAUAAAACGCAAAUCCUCACUACAACAUUCGACAGUGAUACAAACAUUACGUGUAAAGUUUCUAAUACAAUAUUUCCAACGGGAGGCAUGAUAACACAAGCUUCGGUCGAUGCAAGUCUUCACGUGAAUGUUUUACUUAAACCAGCGCGUAUAAUAUGUGAUGUCGGUACUUCAAAGUUGGAAUGGGGUUAUUUAAAUGUGACAUUAAACUCAAAUGUUACAUUAACUUGCAAAAGUGAUGGAAAUCCUAAACCAAACAAUUUUACGUGGAUAUGGCCAAACCGUAAUACAUCUGCGGGGCAUAUUCUAUCGUUAAGUAAUGUUCAACGAUCGCUUCACGGAAGAUAUACUUUGUUUGUUGAAAAUGUUAUGAAUCCGACCAUAGGACCCACAGUCAAGGGAGAGGCUAAUGCAACAUUCGACAUGCAUAUUCAAUAUCAACCAGGUACACCUACGUUCAUAUUUGAAACGAAUAACUCGUAUAUAACAACAAGCAACAUUUCGGUAAUAAGGAAUGAAGAGAUAAGCAUUGCCUGCAGCGCUGACGGAAAUCCACCACCAUCUUACACUUGGUCCACAGGCCAUAAGGGGCAAAACAUUACUACAGCAUUCGAUAGUGAUACGAACCUAACGUGUAAGGUUUCCAAUACAGUUUACCCAACUGGUGCCGGUAUUAUACAAUCUGCAUUCGAUUCAAGUCUCCAAAUAAACAUUUUGUAUCCGCCAGAUGUUCCUGUUCUGUGGAUUUAUUCAUCGUGCAGGAAAAACUCUACGUUAGAACAAAACGUCCUUCGAGUAUUAGAAUUUGAUCAAGUUAGAGUGGAAUGCUUUGCUGCUGGUAAUCCGGAACCCAAGUGUCAAUGGACAAAUCAUUCAAAGUCGCGUGCACUUGAUAUUUCGAAUGCCUCUAAAGAAGACACAGGAAUUUAUUUUUGUAAUGCAUCUAAUACAAUGAACACAACACAUGGAAGAACAGUGGUGGGACGAAAUGUUUCAUCAUUUUAUCUCGAUAUAAUGUAUCCACCAAAAAUAACAAACCUUAACACAUCUGUUGUGGUUCUUGAAGGUGUUAACUUCAGUUUACUGUGUGAAGUAAAGCCAGGAAACCCAAAUGUUACAAUACAUUAUUGGACUAGUAUACAACUGCCUGCCAGUUAUAAAUCUGGUCAAAACCUAAUCAUACAGAAUAUUUCUCGACACGAUGAAGGCAUAUUUACAUGUUUUGCACAAAAUAAAAUUCAACCGACUCUAUGUACGGAAAUUAACGGAAGCGAUGUGAGGAAUGUUACUAUCGAUGUCCAAUAUAAGGCAUCAAUCAUAACGUUUACGGCUAUGAAUACAACGAUUGCUACAGUUCAUCAUGGUGAUGAAGUAAGUUUUACAUGCGAAGUAGAUAGUGACCCACCUGCUGAUACCUACAUAGUAUCAACAAAUGGAUCAGUUCUAAGGAAUAUCAAAGGCAAUAAUCUCUUUAAAUACACCAAGAACAGUUCAUGCUUAGAGGACAUUGGACAGUUUUCUUGUGUUUCUGCAAACACACACAAUCGAGAUAAACCAGACAUAAGAAACGUUACCGUGGUUGUCGAAUGUUCGCCUUUUUAUCGACCGAACUACUUCCAAAACACAACAAUCUCAGCUAGACCAGGAAACUUUGCAGUACUUCAUUUCAGUGUAUUUUCGAACCCUCCACCAACCCAGUUUACAUGGACAAACAUUUCAAACAAUAUGCGACUUACGAAUGACACGACAACAUCUGACAGAAUUAUUAUCCACACUACUAAUGACAUGUCAUCUUCGCUCAUAAUAAAAAGGGUGGAGCCCUGGGACUUCGGCAAUUACUCUGUAUGGGUUGAAAACGAAAUUGGCAGCAUGAACGAAACGUUUCGCAUUGUUGAAGAGAUACCAUCAACUUCACCUGACCACCCUUUUAUUAACGUUCCACCGGAUGAGCAGGCUAAAACCAACACCAUUGGCGUUGUCAUAGGCGGUUCUGUUGGAGCAAUAACUGCUGUAGUGAUAACUGCAGUCGUUGUUAUAAUUAUCGUUUAUAGAAAGAUGAAAGGCACAGCAAAUCAUGACAACAAUAAUUUACAACUUUUACAAGAUACGCGCCAUAAAAGUGGAAAAAUGGAGACAUGUUUUGACAAUGUGUUACCCAUGAGUGAUGACGCUUCAAUGUACGAAGAAGAAAAGAACAUAUAUGGAAAUAUACAUACGAAUGAUGCUUUUGGGAACACGUUAACAAUUAAAACACUACGGGAUACGAUACGACAACUAAAACUAGAUCCCCUACCCUUGUUUAAAGAAUUUUACACACUGCAAAUGGGUCUGAAAUACGACACGAAACACGCACUGAAGAAAAAUAAUGUUGCAAAAAAUAGAUACAGAAUGGUCUACCCAUACGAUUCCAGUAGGGUGGUCCUUCCCUUCUUAAGAGAGGAUUCAGACUCUGAUUUCAUUAACGCAAGUUACAUUGAUGGAUUCUGUAAACCAAGAAAAUAUAUUGCUGCCCAAGGACCGCUCGAAAAUACCAUCAGUGAUACCUGGAGAAUGAUUUAUUCGGAAGACGUAAAAAUUAUUGUCAUGGUUACAAAUCUUAUCGAAACAGGAAAGAUAAAAUGUUUUAAAUAUUGGCCAGAUGACCGAGCAACAUAUGGAGAGUGUAAUGUCAAGCUUGAUCAAGUUGAAGAGUAUGCUGACUUUGUUGUCAGGCAAAUUACCUACAGCAUGGAAGGUACACGAUUUGAACGACAACUGGUUCAGUUUCAUUACACGUCAUGGCCCGACAAAAAUGUACCUGCGACGGCUUUGUCUUUAGUGCAGUUUUGGAGAAAAGUUAAACAGAGCGAAUUUGUGGAAAAAACACCUUGGAUUGUGCAUUGCAGCGCUGGUGUAGGAAGGACCGGGACCUUCAUUGCCUUAGACUACCUCUUCGAUCAAGGGAAGGUUGAUGGGAAACUAAAUGUUCCAGAAACUGUGAAUCUUCUAAGGGAGCAACGAAUUAGCAUGAUUCAAACAAAGGAGCAGUAUCUGUAUCUGCAUGAUGCAAUCACAGAAAUACUAGACCCUGUUGGACAGAUUUUUACUCCUGAAAACAGUUUGAGGUUACUGUCAACUGCAACAGAAGAAAGAAAAUUGAUCAAAGAAUUCAAAGUAAUAACAAAUUCAAUCGUAAACGUUAAAACAGACAUUGAAGGAAACGACUACGAUUUAAAAAAGAUGCCGGACGGCGUAUUACCUGAAAACAUUUGCAAAUCAAUAGACCAAACCGUCAUACCAGAUGACCUUUUUCGGCCAUUGAUUUCCACUGGAAAUGAUUUCAUCAACGCUGUUUAUAUUCCGACAUACAGAGAUGCCGAAAAGUAUAUUGUGACGCAAUAUCCGUUACAAAAUACUGUUCUUGACUUUGUUCGGCUUUUGUGGGACCACAGCAUUGAGGAUGUUGUUUUACUCGACGUAGGAGAUGAAAAGCUGCAUUGCUAUUGGCCCCAAAACAAAAGUCCCCUUUGUAUUGGACCUUUCGUCAUCAGUCUUUUAUCCGUGGAUGAGGGGAAUUACUGCACUAUUCGAAGAAUAGAUAUAUCGUUAGCCGAAAGGCGUCAAAACAAACAGACGGUGGUACAUCAGUUCACAGCAUGGCCUGGAUAUUUGAAUCUCUGUGAACCGAAGCCAUUGACCAACUUCCUUCAGACGAUCAGCAGAAUUGGAGGACCUGUCGUUGUUCAAUGCCAUGAUGGGUACUCACGCAGUGGGCUAUUUGCGGCACUUUUGAGUAUUGUGGAUCGAAUAAAGACCGACAAGGAAGUUGCAAUAGCAGACACGGUCAGGGUGGUGAAACACCGGCGUCAGGCAGCUAUUACUGAUGUGGAGCAGUACCAGUUUUGUCAUGAAGUAGUUUUUGAAUACCUUAAGAACAGAGGAGGGAAUGUCGACGAUAGCGAAAAUCAGGAAUACGUGAAUAUGACAUUUCCCAAGUUCCUAUAAAUCAGGUUAAACCUGAUUUCAAAACCGUUGCACUCCAUGUACGCUAGUUGUUUGACAAAGUGCUUCACACAUCUAUAACUCUAAAGGAUAAACGGAAGUUAUUACUAUUCAUAGUAUGUGGAGGUCGAAAAUCAUGCAAUGAUUGAGUUAGGUCAAAUUUAAGAUAUAGAAAGUUUAUGGACACAAGGCCUCGAAAUACUUGUUAUUUAUCAAAAAUUUAUGAACGAUGUUAUUAUUGGUUUUGCCGUUCAAGGUCAUUUUGACUUCCUUGUAAGGAAAACUUGUUUCACUAGUAUCACAUGUUAUUGAUGAUGAAUGACAAAUGACAUUUAUUACGAAGAUAUUAUUUAGUGCUUUUUCCGCUUUUAAAGUUAACCAGGAAAAUUACAUUUAACAAACUUGCGACCAAUUUAAAUGUAUUUUCCUUAAAAUGUUAGUGUAUUUAUGUGUCUAAUGUUUUGUUCUGUAUACCUGAUUUAAUCUAUUUGUUUAGUGCAGCCAUAAGGAAAAUUACUGUUUCCACUUUAAGAGGAAGAAAUGUAUCUGUUUAAACAAUCGAUUCAACUUUAAAAAAAGGUAUUUGAAUAGCUGUCAAUUGACUUAUUUUGCUGUAUUUUUGCACAGUAAUAAACAUGAACUGUUACGAAGGUCCUCAGAUUGCUCUAUUUGUCUUUUGGCAGGAAUGUUGUCUCAUUUACCUAAAUAAAUGGCUCAAUGACAUAUUUUGUUUAAUAUAUCAAUCAUUUGGUCAUCAUAAGGCGGACUAUGAAUAAAAGCACCACACGUUGGACAUUAAUAUGCCUUCUUGUAUUAGUGAAGGCCGAAAUUUAAACAUAUUAGAUCUAAAAAAAAAACAUAAGGUGAAAGCUGCACUCUCACAGAUUUACCGUUUUUUACAUUUCUUUUAUUUUAUGUCUUGGAAAGAGCAAAUUUUUGCUUAAAUAUCUGUAAACCAAUGCUAUAAGAUUGCUGACAAAAAUCAGAUCGCAGACUUUUAUAUUUCCGUUCUAAAAUUAGUGAUUUAUGGCUUAAACCGUUACUAACAGUUUAAGAAAAAUGCAUGAAACAUCAAUUUUUGAACUUAAAUAUAAAAAUCUGCGAUCUGAUUUUUGUCAGCAGUCUUAUAUAACUGAUUUUCGCAAAAAUUGGGUCGUUCAAAGGCAAAAAAUAAGAAAGUUGCCAAAAGAUUAAAGUUGUGAGAGUGCAUCUUUAAAUGCCAUUUAUUUAUUUUAAAUAGAUCUAUAUAUUUAUUUGUUUCCGUCAUGCUUUCAUAUUGUGUGUGUAUGCAGUUUAUAAGUGUUUCAUCAUUAUUUACUGAAAUAAGCUAUUUGCAUACGUGCCAUUGACUAUCCUACCUAGCAUAUAUAUUGUUUCAUAACUAAACUAAAACCAUGUGUUCAAACUAAUAUCGUGUAAUUGAUUUAGACCAUUUUGUGAUCAUACAAACAACCAAUGCAUUAAGACUGAAAUUUAUUACGCCUUUUGGUAGGAAACAAUGUCAAUUGAAUUUCAACCUGAUCAAUCUGAUUUUAUCUUCCUGCUGUCUGAAUGGGAUCUGAUUGUUUGAGAAUAAUGGUUUUGCUAUGGUCUGCACUGUUUGAAUAUGAUCUGCAUUAGUAUUGUUAGUUCAGUGCACUUAAUAUGUUUCCUGUAAUACUGUAUUAAGUCUUGUAUUGUAUCAACUAUAUAAUGCAAUUUCCCAUUUGAAUAGUGAAUUGUAAAUAAGUAUGAAUUCAUGUAAUCUGAAUAAACAUAACCUCCU